UUUAUAUAUACUUGAUACGUUGGUCCAGUAUAUGAGUACUAAGCACAUACACGCACAAUCACAAGUUCAUACUUCUACAAGCACCGGAAACGUUAUUACAUCACUUAGGUAUCUAUAACUUUACAUGCGUACAAACAUACGUCAGGCUAUCUUUUAGUGGCAUUCUGCUGUUUAAAUCGACUUCAGCAUCAGCCCUAUUAUAACCAUGGAUGACCCACGCAACGACGAUUCCCUUCGCAAACACAGUGAGCAUGACGAUCGAUUAUUCCGUCGUAAAGACUCAGGCAAUGACAGGCGCAUUCGCACGAAACCAGAAGGGUAUACAGACUUUGACGAUGUGAACGAAGAACGCGAUAGUAACAGUGGCAUGAACCAGCAAGGCACGCAGCAAAGGAAAAGCCAUGCCGAGGACAACUGGGACUCGCGUAGGGAGCGAGACAACCGGCGUAAAUACGAUGAUAGACACGAGUACAUAGGCAGAGACGCACACCCCCGAGGCAACCGAGGUAGUAGCCGGAACAGAAGAGAUACCCGACAUAUGGGCGAUAGAAAUGGGAGGGAUACAAGUGAUGUGGAGGGGGAUGAUAGGAGUGAACCUCGAGAACGGGCCGAGGCCAGCCGACGCGCAAUGAGCAUGCGCUCAGACCCUGAGUCGGGUGAGGAUGUCCCCAAGCGACGCAAAGGACGGGGUUCAUUCGCAAUGAAGGGUAGACGCACACCCACACCGGAAAAGGUGCCUAGACGUGUACAUAGUGAAAGGUACGUUAGGGAAGCCAGUCGAGAUAGGGGUAGAGGCGACUAUAUCCGCCGAGACAGCAGGCGGAAUGCGGAAGGAUCGAGAUACAAUGACAGGCGUGACCGAGGCGAUGGCGGUAGGCGUAUGGGUGUCAAGAGCCACCGUGGACCGUCUACUGCGUAUGGUAAUAGACACGGGCAUGGGCGUGGUAGUGGGCAUAUGGACAGAGGUGGCCGAGAGUGGGAUCGCGAUAGAGACGAAGACGAUCGCAGGGAACGCGAACGUCGGGACAAGAGUAGUCGUGGCCAGGAUGGAGAGGUUCGGUACCCCCGGCACAGGCAUGGAGGAGAGAGACCCAGGGAUAGUCGCGAGAGAAGCAGGGGCGGGGGUUAUGGCGACCACGGUAGUCGUAGACGCGAUGGGUCUAUGAGCGAAGAGGAGGACGAUGGUAUCUCGGAUAAUGAGGUUGAAAAUGAGGACGUAGACGUAGAUGUGGGUGGAGAUGGGAGCGGCGCGGAGAGCUCAGAGAUUGAUGAGGCGAAUGACGCGGGCCAGGCAACCAGGAGUGUCUUUGAUCGCCUGGGCGCUGGUGCAAGGGACUCUGACCAUGGUACCGCUGAAGGAGUGGGCAGAUCACUGGCCUCCCGAAUCAAUGUCAGAGAUAGACUCCGAGUUGGCUACAAAUCAAAGGCAACCGAUCUCGUGGGCGAUGACGAGGACGAUGAUGUUUUGGAGGUGGACUCAGAGGUGCGAGAACAGAACAGACGUCGUGCUUUAGACACGCGCCGCGCCAGACGAGCCCAAGACCGCAAUGCACACCGCGUUAUACAGUCCAUCAAUCCAGAUACUGCACUGAAUGCAGAGCCCUCCGACUUCGAUGCGUUGCUAACCAAUGUGCUGGAACGCGUGGAGCCGGAGUCGCGCAAGUUCAUCGAGGCUCGACCAGAUUGCCACUCGGCUAGUGUGUGUAG